UUCCCACACCGCGGCGCCGGGGGGGCGGACCCGCCGCCUGCGCAGACGCUCCCGCGGGUCCGGGAGGUGCCGCCUCUGCCGCUGCCGCCCGGGGCCGUGUCCGCGCCCGCGCCCGGGGGAGACAAAGGACACCGGGAGGAAGAGAACCCCCUCACCUGCAUCCGCCCAAACCAGCUGAGCGGGGCAGUGGGAAGAUGGGAUUGACAAACCAUGAAGGAAUAAUGAGGGAAUCCUGAAGCAGUAACAGUGUUUGCUCCUGGACUCUGCCCAAGGGGACUGUUUGCAUAUCAGUGCUCUUAACCAGUGGGACCAUGGAAGGAACAGAGAUGUCACCAAGUGUUAACUCAGAGGAGAGCAGUGUGUUGGACCUUCCAUCUGUUUGUGACCUGGCAGAGCUCUUUGUGCCUCCACGCAGCACUGAAAACACUGAGGAACUUUAUCGUUCUGUGGAUGCUUUUCCCUCUCUGCCCACAGGAGAGAGCAAUCUAUCAUCUGCAGUUCCUGCAGGCUUUUCUGCUGAAGGCUCUGAGAAAGCAAACGUGAGAUGUUAUCUAAAAGCAGGGCUGUGUGAGCCCAUGGAACCUGAUGGUGCUGCACUCUCAUGGAUGUACGAACGUGACAGUGCUGAAGGCCCCAGCAUCAGGAAAUCUCUUGAUGACUUCUACAAGAUGUAUUGCAAAAAACAACCAGGGAGAAUGGAUCCAACUUACGAGGCUGCAUCACGGUGUCUGUCACGGAAGAUUUCGGAGCUGGCAAACCGGGAUGGAACUAAAUAUGCAUCACGUUGCCUGCAAAUGGCACAGUUGGUCUUGAACAGAGACGGGUGCAAGAUCUUUCCAAACCACCCCCCUUCUGCCUGUUUUUCGAAGCCAGCUGAAGGAGAAGUCUUGUUGGAAGACAGAAAGAGAACACCUGGGCUCUCAGAUGACAUCCUCCAAUUCCUCUUGAAACAAACACAGGCAGAACAUAGCCCUGAUGUGUCACACGAGAAGUGAGCAAGACAGUGGUUUGUUUCUGUCAUUGGAGCUUUGCUUUCACUUUAAAAAGAGGGGACUUCCUUAGAAAGACACUCUUCUCCUGGCAUCACCUUCAACACCAGACACUCCAUGGAGGGAUUCACCUGGAUCAGACCUUGCCACCUUGUUCUCUGCAGGGCAGCACUGCACAAGGAGCACUUGUGGUCCCCAUGUAACUGCUUGGGACAUGUCACUAAUUGGGAUGGGUGAUGUAGUGUUUGUUGCUGGGACAUCAAACAUGAUAAUUUAAAUCUACCAGGCUUUUAAACUGACCUACAUUUCUACCCCAGCUGAAUCGUGGCCCUGCCCAAAUUCAGUCCCUGUGAAGGCACGGAUGUCCAAGUGCUGUUGAUUAGAACAGACUGUUUGAAUGAACUUGGCAUGGUAUGCCCCAGACCUAGAGAGAGAAGCUUAACAUUUUAUUCUGUUCCUGGCUGAUACUGUAACAUGUAUGCCUCCACUGGGAUGCCUGUUAGCUGUAUGUGUUUACCUGCAGACAUAUGAUCCCACAGAUCAUGACUGCAAAUGCAGGUAAUGUGAUGUAAGCAAUAACAAAAUAAAGAAUGGAUGGUGGCUGCUGAAAGAGCAUGAAGAUAGAUACUGGCAGAGAAGAGCAUGAAACUGUUCAAUUUUAAAGACCAACGUAGGCAGAACAGGCUGGAUGCAGCUGAAAAAUCUGGAUUAUGACUCAUAUCUACAAAUCUUGGCUGGCAUCUUGCAGAGGACAUGGUAAGCUCUGUGCUAGUGAAGCAUGCAGUCUUUUGAAAAGUUUGCACCCCUUGCAGUCAGGAGUGCCUGCAGUUUUGUGUGCUGCUCACUUCCAGUGUCCUGGAGGUAUGACCAUCCAUGGCUUCUUCGAGUUGAAAACACAGUCUUUUUGCAUGUGAAGUACCAAGAGUGGUACGAAGCCCUCACAGAAGUGUCCUGUGUUCUGUCCAUUUCUCCCCAGCCCGUGCAAUAAUCUCUGGGAAACUGAGUUUUUUUCCUGAGGAGUGAAGUGCUUUCCUCUCUCUCUGGCUUGCCCUUAACUUAGCUUUGACACUUCUAUGGUUUCAGCACUUAUCAGAGCACAAGUCAUCCUCUCAGAGGCCCUUUGCUGUUGGGUUCUCUCCAUUCACUUUGUUUGCUUCUCUGACUCACUCCAUCAUUUUAUUUUUCUUCUCCACUGCAGUAUAUAAGGCAGGAAAUAACCUGUUUUCCUGAAGGUGAGGAACCAGGUAAUGCUGGACUGCAUUGUACCCAAACAUGCUCCACCACUGUGAGCUGCUUUGGUUCAGCUUUCAAAAGCAGACUCAGCUGUAACCACUGAACAUUUAGCUGCCAGGCAGAAACAUGCACCUGAAGUUACAGUCUCCCUGAAACUCCCCUGCCAGUUGAUGCCUGUGCUGUGUGCACACUGGUCAAGGUGUCCUGCAAGUUGCCCCUUUGUGCAAUAGAAAACAUCCCUCUGAGUUGUUGUCUUUCCCCUGCUCUAGGACAAGCACAAUUUGCUGCUCAGCAGGACUGGCUGAGCAGAGCUGCCCAGCAGGGUGGUCCCAUGCACUUCCAGUGCCCCCCUGCCCUUCUGCUUCUUGCCUACUUCAAGACCUGUAGGUGGGAAUUUUCCCAGCUUUCCCUAAAUAAUGCUGCUGUGGCUCAAGAGGAGGAAGAGCAGGGACUCUUGAUUCCUUUGCUUUCCUUCCAGGGAACGUUUUUCCGUUUGUGAUCCUCCUGAGGAAAGAGGCUCUGAUGGACUUAAACUGGACAGUGUUCUAGAAGGGGAACUCACCCUACCUCCCCAACUCGCUGGCCUCCCCAGCACUGAUGGUUCCCAUCUCCACCGCCAAAGCCAGCUGCUGUCACCUCUGUUCAUCCCCUUGUGUGCUCUGGUAGUGUAUGGAGGCUGCUUUUGCAAAGACAUUUUGUAGCUUACAUUGCAGAACAAAUCCAAGGGGUUUUUUCCUUCUGCUUGUUCGAGGCUCACAGCAAAGGACCAGCUCUGAGCCUAGCUUAGGACACCACCUGAAAACCUACAACACCUUUCAGGGCUGUGGGUGGACAAGACCCCUCAAGAUCUUCAAGUGAAAUGUGUAAGUGAAGUAGAAGAUGGGGAAUAACAUCGGUCCCAUAGGGUAUGACUAGCAAGGCCAAAACUGAUCUGUCAUUGCCAAGUAGGAGGAGCACAGGACAUGGUGAAGACUUGACAGCCAUUUCCCAGGGAUUUCCCUGAUGCACAGCCCAGAUCCAAAUCCCACUCAAGGUCUGUUAGAGAUGUGUAUUCUUUGGAUUGGGUAUUUUCCACCUGAGCUGGACCAGCAUCCUUCAGUGUCUCAGAGAGGUGACUCAUACUGCUGCAGGCACAAAGCCCUCUGCCCAUGCACACCAGACACCUGAGUUGCCUUGGGGCUCAUCUUAAGGCUAAGUCUGGCAGGCUGUGAGUGCUGCCUCUGUUCCCAGAAUACAUAAAUGCCUGAUCCAAACUCUUUUUGUCAUCCUUGAUGACUCCUGCUAUUAAAUCAUUCUCUACUUUCCUCAGCUGAGAGCUUCUCCAGAAUGUUUGGUAUCAAUGGCUUCUCUGAUGCUUACUCUAACAGAAUUUUUAUUUUCCCCUCCCACACAGCUGCCAGUGGGAGGUACUGAUUCAUGCCAACGACCUACCCAGUCCUGGAGUCCAAAGGCAGCCAGGGAGAGAGCUGAGCUCCUGCAACAGGCAGGGGCUGAAGCAGGUCCUCAGCAGGUGUCAGUGAAGUGAGUGGAGACAGGGCCAUUUACACCAGUGGAGGAUUUUCCCCCAGGAGUUUGAGGUGUUUUGGUAUGCCUGGAUAUUUCGGGACGUAUGGUUGUUAAAUUCGGUGUACAACAGGCAGUAUACAUCCUGUAUAAAUGUGUCUGUUGAGCAUUGGUGAUUUUGUGGGGGGCAUAUGUUUUCCCACAAUACAGAAGUUCAUUUUAAAAAUACCCUAUUCUGUAGGCUUUCCCUAAUGACUGUUUUCCCACACACAUCUAUUAGGCAACAACAUAUGUCAGCAUUUCUUCCUUAAAAGUAAAAUCUGGCACAUACAUAACACACAGAGCAUGAAGUAAUAAGAUGUGAUAAAACAGUAGCUGGAGCUAACCAAAGCCAGAAAACUCAUGGCUGGAAGGUCAAGCCUUUAUUUAAAUCCCCUUUGCAAUGGCCUAUUUGUUUGCAGGUGCUGUGAAUUGAGGGGGAAAGUCUUGCAAUGAAAGAACAUCUGUCAUGGAAAAUUUUACCCUCAGUUCAAGCUGAACAAACUUUUACUCGCCCUGGAAAGUAGGUUCUUGUAAUGGGAAAUGUCAGUCAGCCUUAGGGCAGGUGACACUAUCCAGCAUUGUCUGCAUUUCUGGGUAAGAUACAGUACCUGAGCCAGAAAUGCUGCUAAACGAGUGCUAAAAUCAGCACCUCCCAGCCAGAGAAGCAGGGUUAUUCUGUUAUUACAGAUACUAAGGGGGGGAUGCUGUGCCCUGCAACAUAUUUUCCGUGUGCCUUUCACUAAUUGGUUGGUUCUAAGUUCCCAGCAGCUUGUUUUGGGUAUUUGGGAGCUUCAGAGAAAGAGUGAGAGGGCAGGACAUAUAAACUUACAUCUUUGUCUAACAGCAAACUCCUCUCAGAAGGCUGCAACUAGAGGUUGAAAUAAUAAUAGAGGUUUUGUGUCUGUGGGCCAGGCCACUUGUUUAACAAGCAGCUCAGCAUGUGUUCUGUGAGGCCAGCUUGUGUUUGCAUCCUUAAUCUCCUCAUUUCUCCCUGGGUUUGGCUGGUCCCUAAGAGAGCAUCACUGCUCAGGGCAUGGGCUGGGGGCCGAGAGAGUGAGGACACAGCCAAAGGCGGCCAUAGGAUAACUGCUUAUGUGUUCUUUUAAAACACUUCUUUCCUCCGUGGGAUAGCUGGCUGUAUGGAGGAGUUGCUUUGUUUUGUAUUUAGGGGUGGCUUAUUUUUGUGAUCUGUGUUCUCACUCAGGAGAAAGGAAAGGUUGAUCUUAGGCUUGAGAUGUUGGUGCUGUAAAGCAGAAAGAGGCGCCCACAAGUCGAGUUCCACAUGUAGUGAUGAGAAACGUGUGUAUGUGUAGACAAGUCCCAUGUCUGGGUUUCUGUCUCUGGGAAUGUUAAUGCUGCUUGUCUGGUGUUCAAGAAUAGACUUAAGGCACAUGAAUCACUGAAAAAAAAAAUCUUCUGGGAUGAGGAGAUACAGACUGCUGUUUUGUAGGUUGGAGGAAUCUUACCAAAGGCAGCAGUGAAUUAGACUCAAAAUGCAGUGGUGUGCUGGACAAGGAUCUGUGCCACUUCCUCCUGUUCCCACUUCCACAGGUUGCUAGUGCUUGAUGAGAGGAGAUGGUGUCAGCCCCCAGCCUGCCAAAAGGGGAAAGAAAUGAAGCUGACAAAGUCCAGACUUUAGCAUUUGAGUGCAGCAGGCACUCUUGACACCCCUGAUCAUCCUUAGAGCUACUCAGCCUGGGUGGGUAAGUCAGCCUUGGGUGCUCCUAACCUUGAAAGGAGGUAUCUUCUUAACUUUGUUCCCAGUGUGAUUUUGCCACACUUGGCCCAUUUGAGCUUGAAUUUUCCCCCUGAGGCAGCCACCCAACUUCGAUCUGCCUGGAGGAGGACAAGGCACGUGGAAACUCUUUUUUUGCCAAAGCCAGGCCAUGACACUUUGCAAGCUCAGUAUGCCUCACAUGAGAGUUGGCAAAACCACCCACUGUGGCUUUCUCUUUCUCAUAUCCAGGGUAGUAGAGUGUCUUUCAUGGUCUCUUGUUCUGCUUUUCAUGUUUGCAUCACCUUUCCACCCUGAGGGUUACUAGACAAAUUUACACUGACAGAGUAUCUUCCAGGUAUUUUCAUUUCCUAAGGCUACCUUUAAGCUUAAGCCUCUUAAACCUUUUUUAUAAGCACACAGCAUUUCACACAAAGAGCCUAAAAGUCUUAAAAUCAGGGUAUGCAAAAGAAAAAUAUUAUAUUCUACGGGGAAGAGAUGGUAGCAAAAUCUCCUCUUGCAUUUUGUAGGUUUCACUCUCUCUUUCAUAGAGCCUUUUUGCAGCUGGAUUUCUGUUCUUAGUGCCAGUGGGGAUUAAAAAGGAGGUUAUGGAAAAUUUCUUUGGCAAUUCCUUUUGCUGUGUGAGUAUGGCUGUCAUGAAAUAGAUCUCUCAGCACUGUGUUUUCAGUCUGGAAUUAUGUGCAGGGGCAUAAUUGGAUUUAUUUUUUUUUCAGUACAUAUAUGGUUAUUAAUAAAACCUUUACUUUGAAAUA